UCGCGGAGCGGCCGUACGCCGCUUUCCGUGCGUAGGGGCCGCGGCCGCCGAGGGAGCGGGCGCUGCGCCGUUGGCGUAGCGUUGUUGUGAAUGGAGCGGGGCGGCGGGGCGGGGAGGAUGAUGUCAGCCUGCGAAUGUCAACAAUGUAGCGAUUGAGGGGAGGAGGCGGCGUUGCGCCGGGGCGCGCGCGAGGCGGCGGCGGGGCGCGGGCAGCCCGCAGAGCGGGGGCAGCAGCGGCAGCGGCAGCACCGCCGCCUCCACGUCCUCCUCCUCCUUUUCCUCCUCCUCCUCCCGCUCCGCCGGGCGGCCAGGGGGCACCGAGCUGCCACCGCCGUGCGCGGCCGCCGCCGGCCCCGGGUGCCGCUCCGGCAGCGCCUGCUGCGCCCCCCGCCUCCUCCGCUGCGGGUUUCUCUCCUCCUCCGGCCCCCCGCCCGCCCUUCCCCCUUUAUUUUUCUCCGCAAGACUUUGGCUCUGGAAGCAGCUGGUUCAAAGCAAUCGCCAUGUGAUGAGCGGCUGCGUUUGGGUGGCUUUUUUCUUUUCCCCCUUUUUUGGGGGGGGAGGGCGGCUGUAGGUUUCUGACCGCAGAGAAAUAUUAAUAAGAAUUUCCGAAACAAGAGCAGCAGCAACCAGAGCAGCCCCCCUUCCCCUCCAAAAAGCCACAACAAGCUUCUCCCCCCCCCCCCCCGCUCCGCCCCCCGCCCGGCUGCAGCGAGCGGCGACCCGCGAAAGUUGCGCGGCGGCGAGAGCCAUGAGGCAAGAGAGAAGUUUUUAAAAACAGAAAAAUGUGAUUGCAAAAACACCAUUGUUGGCAGGAGGACUCGGUGGAUUCAGGAGUGCUGUGGUUAACGGAGAGUGCAGCUGUUGCUCUGUAAAGCUUCCCUAACUAGAACCACCGCUUGGCUGUGUUUUCCUUUGAUGUGCCCGUUCAGUAUCUUAAGAAGUACCCGAUAUAACUGUAGGUGCUUCUUAUGUGAAAGAGCUGAGCCACACCAUCCAGUAAACUGUCUAAAGCAGCAAUUGGCUUGCUUGGAAAUCAUUUCCAGGACUGUGUUGUAAGUUGAUAUCGACUGAGUUGCCAGAACUUUGCCCUACAAAGCUUUGGAGGGCCACUUCUUAAUGGAUUGCUGUGGCCUCUUAAUUUCUCCAUUGAUCCCAUUCCCUGCAUCGUGAGAACGUUUUAGCCAGCACAGAACCUGAAAAAGUUACAUGGUGUGAACGGCAUGUCUGUGGAUGAGAAGACUGAAUCCCCCAUGUAUGUGUAUGAGUCAACAGUGCAUUGUACCAAUAUUCUCCUGUGCCUGAAUGACCAGCGGAAGCAGGAUAUUCUCUGUGAUGUGACUCUGAUCGUGGAGGGGAAGGAGUUCCGCGCCCACCGCGCCGUGCUGGCCGCGUGCAGCGAGUACUUCUUGCAGGCCUUGGUAGGGCAGACGGAAAAUGACCUGGUUGUCAGCCUGCCAGAAGAGGUCACUGUCAGGGGAUUUGGUCCAUUGUUACAGUUUGCCUACACUGCUAAGCUGUUACUUAGCAGAGAAAACAUCCAAGAGGUCAUCCACUGUGCUGAAUUCCUGCGUAUGCACAACCUGGAGGAUUCCUGCUUCAGCUUCCUUCAGACACAGCUGCUGAACAAUGAAGAUGGCCUGUUCCUGUGCAAAAAAGAUACCACCUGUCAGCGCAUGCACGAUGAAGAGAACUCAGAUGGAGACGAGGAAGAGACAAUGGAAUCGGAGACGUCAAAAAUAUCUUGCCCAAGAGAGAGAAUGCACCAAGAGCCCUUCAAUUUUGAAACCACUGUUUCUGGAACAGACAAAGGAGAAGGGAUGCUGCCUGACUCUGACAUGCUGAGAGAUAGCAAGGACAAUUUGGACAAAGAUGCAGUAACACGGUACCCCAGAUACAAGAAAUACCAGCUUGCUUGUACCAAGAAUGUCUACAACACAUCACACAUCAGUACCUCAGGUUUUGCAAGCACAUUCAGCGAAGAGAGCUCUGGAAAUGGCCUCAAAUCAGGACUUGCUAUGGGGCAGAUAAAAAGCGAGCCUCAGAAUGAAGAGAAUGAUGAAGAAAGCAUCACACUUUGCCUGUCUGGAGAUGAACCUGACAUCAGGGAUAAAGAAGGGGAUGUUGAAAUGGACAGGAAACAGCCAAGCCCCACUUGUGUCGACAGGCCUAAAAGUGGGUCCUCUCCUUCUUGCUUGCGGUCUUUCUUCAACAGAACAAAAAGCGUAGAUUUGGUUGGCUUCCCCAGCACUUCCCAACAGCACUUUGGCAGGAGUCCAGCAUGCCCUUUUGAAAAAGGGACAACUCAGGGUGACCACAAAACUGAUUACGUCCCUUUCACGGGGAACUACGGACAGUCCCAUGCCAUUCAGAAGGAUGCUUCCAACUUCACGGUGGGAUCGCCUCUCAGGGGGCCUGGUUUUGAAACUCUCUGUAAGCAGGAAGGGGAACUGGACAGGAGGAGUGUUAUAUUCUCUUCAAACGCUUGUGACCAAGUAAACACUUCGGUGCAUUCAUAUUCUGGUGUGAGCAGCUUGGACAAAGACCUCACUGAGACUGUGCCAAAGGGUCUGUGGGCUGGCAGUAGCCAAUCUCUCCCUAGCUCUCAGACCUAUUCCCACAGCGGACUGACAGCUGAUCACUUGCCAGGAAGGAUGCGGCCGAACACCAGCUGUCCAGUGCCAAUUAAAGUUUGCCCUCGCUCUCCUCCUUUGGAAACCAGAACCAGGACCUCCAGCUCGUGCUCUUCCUACUCGUACGCGGAGGACGGCAGCGGCGGUUCGCCAUGUAGCCUGCGUCUUUGCGAGCUCUCCUCCUCCCCUUGCUCCCAAGGCCCGCGGUUCCUGGCGCCCGAGCACCAGGAGCCCGGUGUGGUGGGUGAUGGAAUGUACAACCCGGUGCGAGCCCAGAUUAAAUGUGAGCCAUCCUAUGGAACAAACUCCAGCGAUGAGUCUGGGUCAUUCUCAGAAGCAGACAGUGAAUCAUGUCCUGUGCAAGACAGAGGGCAUGAGGUGAAACUUCCUUUUCCUGUUGAUCAAAUCACAGAUCUUCCAAGGAAUGAUUUCCAGAUGAUGAUAAAGAUGCACAAGUUAACCUCAGAACAGCUAGAAUUCAUCCAUGAUGUUCGCCGGCGCAGUAAGAACCGAAUUGCAGCCCAGCGCUGCCGCAAGAGAAAACUGGACUGUAUUCAGAACUUAGAAUGUGAAAUCCGCAAGUUGGUGUGUGAGAAAGAGAAAUUGCUCUCAGAAAGGAACCAGCUGAAAGCAAGCAUGGGAGAAUUGUUAGAUAACUUCUCGUGUCUUUCCCAAGAAGUGUGUAGAGACAUGCAGAGCCCUGAACAGAUCCAAGCUCUCCACCGAUACUGCCCUGUUCUCAGACCUAUGGAUCUCCAGACAGCCACCAAUAUCAGCCCUUCACCAGCGGGAGUAGAGCAGAGCCUGGUGACGUCCCAGUGCGUUGGGGAAAGCAUGCAGUGCUGUUCAGAGCAAGGCUCGGUGCAGCUCGGAGCGCCUUGGCUGCCAAACAACGUCUCAGAAAAUUGCACGGCCGGCGGGGGGUUGGAUGGAGCUGACCAAGGUACUUAUCCCGAGAGAGAGCUUCCGCUAGAACAGAGUAGCCAGACAGUCACGGUAGACUUCUGUCAGGAAAUGACUGAUAAAUGUACAACAGAUGAACAACCUAGGAAAGAUUACACCUAGUGACUUGUAACCUUAACGUUACACCUGGUCAGGUGUUCUUCAGUCAGCCAGUGGCAGUGUUCAUUUGUUGUCUAGAAGAACGUAUUUGGUGCACACUACAGUGGUCUUAGCAGCAAUACUGUUUUUAAGUAUUCCCUCCUCUCUACAAGCAGGAGUUAUCUUCACAAUGGUGCUAUCCCUCGCUCAGGCAGGGAACUAAACAGUGGCAACACUGUCUGUUUUUGUAUGUUAAUUUCAAUCUUAACAGGGAUGGACAUAACACCUCUGAGGACCCAACCGCAGCUUUCUUCUCAGUGGCCCAUGUCACAAAACCCUAACUCAGGAAUUUCCUCUGAAUGUUCAAUUUUUCAUUGAAGACAGCUUCUUUACACAUCAAAGUUUUAUAGCUAAACUGUACAUAUUAUAUAUAAUAUAUAUAAAAUAUAUAUAUCCAUAUGCAAAAGUCCCUGCAUGCCUCAAUUUUUCUCAUCCUACAAACUGGAAGCUUUCAUUUAUAUUGUAUAAACAAGUUCCAACAUUCCUUUUUGUCUUCGAUGCUAGAACUAGUUUGGUAACUUGUUACACGAUUUUUUUUCUUGGUUCGCAGUUCAGCAAUAUCAUUCAAUUUGUACUUAUUUAUGAAAUUUUAAUGUUGGAAGCUUAUUUGAGAUUUUAUUAUAGACAAUUUUUUUGGCACAGCCAUUUCGUGCCACUUGAGCAAUGUGGAUUUAUUUUAUUUUCUUGCAGAUACUGUACAGUAAUGGUCAACUUUGCCACUUGCACUGAGUUUCUGGUCAAACCUCUUUUCAUAAAUGAAGUUGUGACUUCAGUAUAACUUGAGUAUAUGGUUUUCUUUGCUUUAUGGCUUAAAGAAAAUAGAAAAGUUUUAGCUAACAGACAAACACUCAGGAGAUCAUUAUGUAGGAAAACAGUCUUGCCAAAUACUGAAUUCCCUAUACAAUUUGUAAAGAGAAUCUGCUUGAAUUAUUUUUAUAUUCAGAUUUCUUUCUGUUUCACAUACCAAGCUUAAGUGCUGUUAAUGAUGCUUUUGGAUUCUUAUAGGGUAAACUAUAUUUCACUCUUUAAAGAAAAAGUAUUUGACAACUGGAUCAAUUCUUCGUAUGUUCCACAAAGUAAAGUAAACGGAAGUCACAUCGAUACACUUUGGGGGGCUUUUCAUCCAGCCCCAGUCUGCAACCUUUACUCAUGGAAGCAACUGCUACUCCGACUAGUCCGUAGAGCCUCACCUCAGCUUUCCCCAGACAUUACCCUGUUUACUUCACCAGGCCUGAGUUGCAGAGUUGGGUCUGGUGAAGUCAGUGAUCCUGCCUUGGUAGGAAGAGUUGCAGGAUCAGACCCCUAAUUGUUGACUUUGGUUUCCAUACAGAAGUCAAGGUAGCACUGUAUUCUCUAAGAGCAAAACAUUCAUCUGUCAACACCCAAUUUGGUUGCUUACUCUUCAAAUUCUUGUGUUCCAGGAUCCUCUCAUCCUACAGCAUUGCCCUCAGCACAAACUGCAGCUAAAAGAGCGCUGUCUCAAAGGAGACUACUCAGUGAAUUGGCUUAGUUGUAACUGUAUUGGAUUUGUAUCUUAAGCGAUGUUGACUCAUGUUAUGACUGUGUGAGACAGCAGCUUUCCGAGCAUAACAUCUGUAUGUACAGUGUAGACAGAAAAACGUCCUCCUAAUGCUUUUUUUAAUAAUUAUUAUUCUAAGUGUA